AUGGUGCAGAAGUCAGUGGUGCUGAGUUUGUUGUUGCUGUUAAUUGUUGCAGUUGCAACAUUUUUAGGUGUGUUUUUUGGAUAUAAGAGAAAUCUUUCACCUGAAGUCUCUGAGGCAUGGUACACACAUGCAGCUGUUGCAGCAGAUGCUGGACCAUGCUCUAAAGUUGGCAGCGAAAUUCUCCUCAAGGGUGGUUCUGCUGUAGAUGCAGCAAUUGCUGGACUGUUAUGUAUAGGUUUGAUGAAUCCUCACAGUACGGGGAUUGGAGGAGGCCUGUUCCUCACCAUUUAUAAUGCUUCGACAGAAAGAGUGGAAACAAUUGAUGCUCGUGAAACAGCACCCUCUAACUCCUCUCGGGACAUGUUCGGGAACAACGCUGAUCUUUCUCAAAAAGGUGGCCUUUCCAUUGCUGUUCCUGGAGAAAUUCGUGGAUAUGAACUGGCUCAUCAGCGUCAUGGCAAGCUGGCCUGGAAAGAACUGUUCACACCAAGCAUCAAACUCGCAAAGGACGGAUUUCCUGUGGGUACAGCUCUCGCUAAAGCCAUUCGCAGCAAAAGGAAUAUUAUCCUCGGAGACAAAGCUUUAAGUUCCGUGUUCUGUAACAAAAAUGGAGAUAUUUUAAAGGAAAAUGACACAAUCACCUUCCCUAAACUGGCGGAAACUUAUCAACAGAUUGCAGAGAAAGGGGCAGAUGCUUUUUAUAAUGGGACGAUCGCAGAAAACCUUGUCAGUGACAUUAGGCAUGCAGGUGGCAUUAUAACUAUGGAAGACUUACUGAAUUACACUGCAGUCUUAGAUGAAAAUCCUCUGAACGCAUCAGUGGGUGAAUUUACAAUGUUUGUACCAAAUGCUCCAUCCAGUGGCCCUGUUCUCACCCUCAUUCUCACCAUACUGAACGGUUAUAACUUUACAGCAGACAGCAUUUCCAACACUGAGAAGAAAAUUCUCACAUAUCAUCGUAUAGUGGAGGCUUUCAAAUUUGCAUAUGCUAAACGCAGCGUUCUGGGAGACCCCAAAUUUCUUAACAUCACUGAUUUUAUCCAGAACAUCACAUCGAAAAGCUUUGCAGAUUCAAUCCGGCAGAAAAUCACAGAUGACACGACACAUAAUGAGUGUUAUUAUGAACCUGAAUAUUUUCUUCCGGAAAAUUAUGGAACAUCUCAUAUUUCUGUAGUGGAUGCAGAUGGAAAUGCAGUCGCUGCCACCAGCACCAUUAAUCAGUAUUUUGGCUCCAAAGUCAUGUCCUCAUCUACAGGAGUGUUGUUGAAUAAUGAGAUGGAUGAUUUCAGUUCUCCUCUGAUAACUAAUUUAUUCGGUGUUCCACCGUCACCUAAUAACUUCAUUGCACCACAUAAGCGUCCCAUGUCAUCUAUGUGUCCUGCGAUCCUGCUUGAUAAAGAUAAGAAACUUAAACUGGUGGUUGGUGCUUCAGGAGGGACAAAAAUCACAACAGCAGUUGCUGAGGUCAUUUUAAAAUCACUGUUCUUCAACUACGAUCUGAAGAAAGCCAUUUCCAAUCCCAGAGUUCAUAAUCAGCUCAGUCCAAACAUCACUCUGAUCGAGCCAGGCUUCGAUGUGGCUGUAAUGGAGGGGCUUAUCAAGAAACAUCACCUGAUGCAGAAUUUGACGUCAAUGGGUGCUGUGGUUCAGGCGAUCCUGCAAGAAGAAAACCGUCUAUACGCUGAAUCCGACCCUCGAAAGGGAGGAUACGCUGCAGGAUAUUGA